AAGGUGUCCGCGGCAUUCGCCUGUUCGCUGUUGCCGGUGCUGUCAGGCUGUUCGCUCGCUCUCCGUUUCGGUCUCGCCAUGUCUGAAGAAACUGAACGCUCCGAUGGCCGCAUCGUCAAGAUGGAAGUGGACUACAGCGCCACGGUGGACCUGAGGCUGCUCGAGUGCGAGAAGUUGGCUCGGGAAGGACGGCUGCAAGAAGUGGUUGAAACUCUGCUGUCGCUGGAGAAGCAGACUCGGACGGCCUCGGACAUGGUGUCUACAUCCCGUAUCUUGGUGGCUAUUGUUAAAAUGUGCUAUGAAGCCAAGGAAUGGGACCUGCUGAAUGAAAACAUCAUGCUACUUUCAAAAAGGAGAAGCCAGCUGAAACAGGCAGUUGCUAAGAUGGUGCAGAAAUGUUGUGAGUACGUGGAGGAGAUCACAGACCUUGCUAUUAAACUGCGCUUAAUCGACACCCUCCGAUCUGUCACUGAGGGAAAGAUCUACGUAGAGAUUGAACGGGCCCGUCUUACAAAAACUCUGUCCGCUAUAAAGGAACAGAGCGGAGACGUGGAAGAGGCCGCUUCAAUUUUGCAAGAGCUGCAGGUGGAAACGUACGGCUCCAUGGAGAAGAAGGAGAAAGCUGAGUUUAUCUUGGAGCAGAUGAGACUCUGUAUCGCCGUCAAAGAUUAUGUUCGAACACAAAUCAUAAGCAAGAAAAUCAACACCAAGUUCUUCCAAGAAGAGAACACAGAGAAGCAGAAGCUGAAAUAUUACAAUCUAAUGAUUCAGUUGGAUCAGCACGAGGGCUCCUACGUGUCCAUAUGUAAGCACUACCGGGCCAUUUACGACACCCCCUGUAUCCAAGCAGAAAGUGAAAAGUGGCAGCAGGCACUAAAGAGCGUCGUCCUGUAUGUAAUCCUGUCUCCCUACGACAAUGAACAGUCCGACCUGGUCCACAGAAUAAGUGCAGACAAAAAACUGGAGGACAUUCCCAAGUACAAGGAUCUCCUGAAGCUUUUCACCACCAUGGAGUUGAUGCGCUGGAGCACCCUUGUAGAGGAUUAUGGGAAGGAGCUCAGAGAGGGCUCUCUGGACAGCGCGGCCACCGAUGUGUUCAGCUACACUGAGGAGGGAGAAAAACGAUGGAAAGACCUAAAAAACAGAGUGGUCGAACACAAUAUUAGAAUAAUGGCAAAGUACUACACCAGAAUCACCCGGAAGAGAAUGGCCCAGCUCUUGGAUCUGUCUGUCGAUGAAUCCGAAGAGUUCCUCUCCAGUCUCGUGGUGAAUAAGACUAUUUAUGCCAAGGUAGACAGAUUGGCUGGGAUAAUCAACUUCCAGAGGCCAAAGGACCCCAAUGACCUCCUAAAUGACUGGUCUCAGAAACUAAAUUCCUUGAUGUCGUUGGUAAACAAGACCACGCAUCUCAUAGCCAAAGAGGAGAUGAUCCAUAAUCUGCAGUGAGCCGUGCCGUAGCGAGGACCGGAUGGCGCGUCUGCCCUCGCGGGCCUAAAACCUCCGGUAAUCUGCGGUGUUACAGGCCCUCUGGCACCGAAUGUGGGCACACAUGCGGUGAUCAAUGCAUUAUUUUUUUAUGUUCCUUUGUAAGUCCCAGAACACGGAAUUAAGGAAUGCUGAUUGUUUUGCUCGGUAAUAAAGCAUACGUGUACAUUG